UUAUUAGUUUUAGCAACAUGGCGUAAAUGGCGCGUUUGUGUAGCUUUAAGUUACAUAAAGUUAUUUGGCAGUUUAAUUAGAUAACUUUAUAAAUUAGAAUAACUUUGGCGUGAUACAGAAACAAAAAAUGAGUUAAAAAUAACGUUUCAGUAAUGAGAAUGAAGUGGUGAUGGAAUCCCUUGAAGACUCAAAUUGUCACUCCAUGAGCGAUAGUUUUUCUUUGUACGAACGGUAUUUGCGGAGUUUCAAUGUUGUUGAUCCUUUGAUAGAAGAAAGUGUGAAUCGUGAACCUACCGAACGCGUGUCUUCAAUAAAUAACUGUGAUUCUGAGAGUUCACACAGCCGAGGUAACAUAGAGUUAUCUAUCGUAACAUCAACGAAUGUUAUAAAUAAACAUUGCGAAACAGCUGAAACUGAGAGCGAUCUGUUAAAUCAAAUUGUUAGAGAUAAUUUAACUGACAAAGGAUCUAGUUUAGAUACAGAUUUGUGUGUGAAAAUCAAUUCGCCUUGUUCGCCACUUGCGGCCUCGUUACUUGAAAAUUCUUUUGCUACGAUCGACCAUAGUCUUUUGAACGAUAAAUCUAAUCAAACUGACAUUCAAGUAUCAUCAGAGGACUCGAGAACAGAGAUAAGUAAACAUCCUAUGUUCAUAACCCCUACUAUGGAAAACAGUAACAAUGCAGUAGAUAGUGUUCCUAUGUUUAGAGAUGUGGGGCCUUCAGAGAACGUCUUCAAGUUGCCUAUUAGUGAAUUAUCCUUCAAUGGUACAAUAAAGCAUGUACAAAAGUUAAAACCUAUAGUUGACCCUAUCUCAGCGAUGAGCUCUAGUACUGGUUUAGUUAAUUUGGUAGAGAAACGCGAAGAACAAAGUUGUGGACCUUUUACAAGUAGCAGUGAUAAUGUGGAGUCUACAGUAGAGACUAGUGACGGUGACCAGAGAGUUAGUGAUGCUUCAGACAAUGUUUGUGAGAGGUUAGAUAAAGCCUGGGAGAGUACGGGAGACUCUCAGUAUGAGGACAAUAAUGUUAAGAAGGACUGUCCUAUUGUGAAUGAUGAGGGCAGCACAGCAAAGUGGAACUCUGAACAAAGCUACUCAUCACUUGAAGCCUCCUUUGACAGCGGAGUCAGAUCUCCUGAUAUGUUUUCUGAUAAUGAUGAAGAAGGUGACCUACCUCCUGAGCCGGAACCUUUUUGGGGCUUUCUCAAAGACUAUGAAACUCAUGACAAAAGAAAAGUUAGAAAAAUUGAGGAAACGCUGCAAGGAGUUCUACCACCACCAUCCGUGACCAUGCUAAAGACUGACGUUUCAGAAAUGCUUAAAAAGUACUACUGCUACUUACCACUCUUUGAUGAAAAUGCAAAAGUAAUUCCUCCCGAAAUGAACGCCACCACGCCAACAAAAAGGGUGUCUUUUGUUGAAAUCCCUGACAGUACUAAAGAAGAAGAAAGUUCUAGUAAGAGUUGUGGGGAGAAGGCUAAGUUACAUGAUAAUUCAGACUUAGAUACUAGUGUUAAUGAUAAGAGCAUACAUUUGAAGAUGUCCACUGAAAUAGAAGCGGCUGAGACAGUGUGGCCUGAUGUGAUAAAGUGCAGAUACCAUGAUGUAUAUUACAAUGUGACAAAGCACUCAGAGAAGCUAGAGUUACUUGCAUUACGUUAUGGAGAGAGAUACGUUGGAGCCGAGACUGAUACUAGUGUUAACAUUUACUCUGGAGGCCUGCAGUCCCCUAACAGCGCUAGCAAGAGAAAAGCAUUGCGACUCAAGAUGGCCCAAGCGAAGUCACCCGGACGUCGUUUAUCUCACUUGGCGCGUCGCCGACAAGCCUUCGCCAGUGCAGCCACUAUCAAUGAAAAAGCGCAAUCUUCCAACUCCAAAAUGGUGCUCAUUGAUAAGAAUUUCUUCCCACACAGAAAGCUGGUCAAUACAUCGGAAAGAAAGAGUCCCCGCACUAGACGCACUCCUGGUAAACGAACUCCAAUUCGCAAGACUCCUGGCAAAAAGACUCCUGCCAAGACACCUAAGACGAGAAGUGGGGGGUCCAGUAAGAAAAAGGCAAUGAGAAGACUACUCAUGGACUCUGACCAUCUUACUAGAUCGCAGCCCGCUAGAGAAACUUUAAAAAGAGCCUUGUUCAGUCCUGAACAUCGAAGACCUGUUCCCCCAGCACCAUCAACCUCUGUACCAGCUCAAGCAAUGAAAUCCAAGCGGGCAUUGUUUGGCUCACCUGUCAGCACAGCAGAGACAAAAAGCAUGGAUGGCACGCAAAGCGAUCAUUUCCUCAAAAGAAAACGCGAUCCAUUUGACGACGAUUUGGAUAACGGCAGAAGUAAAAUAGCAAAGAGUUUAUCGUUCGGAGGCGAUACGAUAGGAAGUUCGCAUUCACUCGCGUUCACACGGCGAGCAUCGGAGGCAUUUGCUACGAAGAGCUCGACUGAACUGAAUGAAACUCAUAAAAAGAAAUUAUUGUGGGCGGUGUCUGAGGCUCUGCGCGUUCACGGCUGGCGCAUGUCAUCGCCAGGGUUUCGAGAAAAAGCAUCGUCUCUAGCUCGACUCACGCGCCGUUUACUCGCCCUGCCUCCCCAUGCUGCUAAACUCGCUGCACCCAAACUGUCCACUUCUGAAACUAUGCUCAAAUUAGCUCGUCAGUACGUAUUCGCAAUCAUACAAGGUCGCACCGUCGACGAAUGUUUCCAGGAGGAACAGAUGAAAAUUGCGAACGAAACCAAUCACAAAGUAUCGGGCUACAUAUCUGCCAACGCCUACCAACAAAUGCGCGCCCGGCAAAACGUUACCAGCACAUUCACUUCGCAAAUCAAAGAAAACACGCAUAGCAGUGGAAUGAAACAGGAUCAACCAAAAAGCGGUUCCAAAAAUAUCCUACAAGACAAAUUAGUGAAUAUAGAUAGCAAUUCAAAUAGCAGCAGUGGCCUCAGUAUGCUCGAUAAGUCCGGCCUGGGUCUAUUCAAAUCCAACUCCAUGCCUUCCUUUGAAGAAGCUGCCAAAAUGAGGGCUCGACGGCAAAUUAGUUUCGAUAAUGUUGACUUUCCUAAGAGGUGAUGUGCUUACACUGAGCGUCAAUACUUGAGUUGCAAAUUGUUGCGACAUUUGUACCGAAAAUGACAAGAGUAUCGACGACGACGCUUGUAAAUAUUAGUGGCAAUAAAUGAGUGAAAGUAGUAUCACCUAAAACUUUUAGUGAAUACGACAUGACCUGACUUUUUCGAUUAUAAGGAACUUAGCAAUUUUUCAACCAACCACUAUUUAGUCAUUCUUAUAUCUAGACGCUUUUAUAACAGUACAUUGUUUUGUCUCAUAUAUUUAUUUCGUUGUGCAUGACUUUCUAGCAACUAGUAGCCUAUGAAACGACAUUAUUCUGGAUAAGUUAUUAGCAAAUUGUAGAAUGCAGCAUAUUGCUAUAUUUGUAUUACAUUGACUUUUCGUAUGUAUGUGUUAAUAUUGCUGAGUAUGAUCUCGGGUGUUAUUUUUAAACAAUAAAUUAUUUUUCCUUAAUAUAA